GAGGACAACUAGUUUAUCCCCCCGAGUGGGCUGAGGCGUGCCUCUCAGAAAUAAAAGAUUUCAGCUUUGAAGUCUUAUCAUCCAAACUGAGUAGCAAGAAGGAGGUUCGAUCUUGUGGCGAGGAGCCGAGCCGAGCAGAGCAAAGAGUAGUGGUGAUGAGGAAAAGUUAAAAGCUUUGAGUUUUCGAUUAAUUUGGGGGCAGCGGUUAUUAAUGGGUGGUGCUGAGUUCAUUAACUAGCGUGCUUGCGACAGAGAAAAUAAUAAGGGAGCUAGUGUGUUAUGGCGUCUACUCGGGAAGGACACAGUGCGUCGCGUCAAAACUUGAUUUCGUCUUUUCCUUGGUAUUAUUCGGAGAGAGAGAGAAACAAGCAAAAGCUGGAGAGAGAAGAAGACCUUAUCGUUUGGAGGAGGACGAGCGAGCAGUAGUAUUACUAGUACUGGUAACCGCGGGAGAGACAGAAACACAUCUACACACAAAAAAAAAAAAAAAAAAGCAACCCAAUCCUCUGUUUCCAGAGUCGGCGAAAUCAAAGACUGAAUCUUUCAGUCUUUAGUUUCCAAGUCUCAGUCUUGUUGAGAGAAUCUUUGCAUAUAUAUAUGGUAAGUAACUGGGAGAUUGAAGGAUUUGAAUCGACAUCGGGCGCGGUUUGGCCGUGUUCUUAAUUGUACGUUUGUUGGGUAGGUAUUCACUAUUAAGAGAAAAAAUGAAUUACCGCGUUCCCGAAUUCGAAAUGGAGGGAGAUUACUCACUUCCGGCAUCUUCUCCUCGCUCGAGAAAAUCCACCAUGCCGGAAGAUGAGGUCAUGGAGCUGCUGUGGCAGAACGGACAGGUGGUGAUGCAGAGCCAAACCCAGAGGUCCGGACAUAAGAAGUCCAAAUAUGACGCUGUUAUUCCCGAACAUACCAGACCUCCGGCAGCGCAACCGCCGCCGGUGAAUCAACCUCAAAACCCGCAGCUGUUUAUGCAGGAAGACGAAAUGGCCGCCUGGCUACAGUGCCCUCUCGGCGACGACGAUCCUUUCUGCGCCGAACUUCUUUAUACCGAUUCCAGAAACGCUCAAUCCAACAACACCGCCGCCAACCUUCCACCGAUUUCUCCGCCGCCGCCGCCUCGGCCGCCGAUCCAUCCGGCGCCGAGGAGGACCGAGCUCCCGAACUUCCUCCACUUCUCCAGGAUGACCAACAACAACAACAAUAAGUCUCGGUAUGAAUCCGCGGCGGUGGGGCCGUCGGGGUCGAAGAGGCUCGACGCCUCCAGCAACAAUGCUAGCGGCGGCGGAAGAGGACUUGCCGCCACCGCUACGAUGUCGUUCGGUGCCGCCGCCUCAGCCGGGAAAGACGCCGUGACGUGCGAGACGUCGCUGACGUCGUCCACCGGAGACUCCAGCGCGAGCGGCAGCCUAAGCGCCGAGCAGAUGUCGAUUCAGAAGCCGCCGCCGCCUCCGCCUCCGCCGCCGCCGGUGGAGGAUCGGAAGCGCAAAGGGAGAGUGGCCGACGACGCCGAGUGUCAGAGCGAGGAUGUGGAGUUUGAAUCUGGGAGUGGAAAGAAGCAGACCCGGGGAUCGAGUUCUACUAAGAGAUCACGAGCUGCGGAGGUCCACAAUCUCUCCGAAAGGAGACGUCGAGAUAGGAUCAAUGAGAAGAUGAGGUCUUUGCAAGAAUUAAUACCUCGUUGCAAUAAGUCGGACAAAGCGUCAAUGCUGGAUGAAGCGAUUGAGUAUUUGAAAUCACUUCAGUUGCAAGUACAGAUGAUGUCCAUGGGAUGCGGCAUGGUCCCUAUGAUGUUUCCUGGUGUUCAGCAGUAUAUGCCAAUGGGGAUGGGAAUGGGAAUGGGCAUGGGCAUGGGAAUGGGAAUGGAAAUGGGAAUGAGUCGGCCUGUGAUGCCAUUUCCGAAUGUGUUAGCUGGUUCCACCAUUCCAACAGCACCUGCAACAGCUCAUAUGGGACCGAGGUUCCCUUUGCCACCAUUUCAAUUGCAGACUAUGCUUCCCAAUGAUCCUAACAGAGUCCAAGCAACAAAUCAGUCUGAACAUAUGUUAAACUCGCUUGGGACACAAAAUCAGAACCAAUCACGAGUAACAAAUUUUGCGGAUCCUUACCAGCAGUACUUCACUCCCCAGCAAAUGCGGAUGCAACUACAGCAGAAUCAAGCCAUGCCUCAGCCAAGUUCUAGCAAGCCGAGUUCCAGUAUGGGACCUGAAAAUCAAGAGAGUCAUCAAUGAGGUUCAAAUUUUGGCGGAUCGAUCACAGAAGGCAUUUGCCUGCGAAGUUUUGUAGUCUUAAAGCUCUGAGAGUAGCUUUUUCUUGUCUUGGUAAUGCCAUGUAACAAAACUAACCUGUAAUUAUCACAACCCCAUAGCAAUAUAUAUUUUAGUGUUGUUGCUC